GUGUGUGUCCUGUACUUCGCCAAAAGCUCUGAACUGACGGGGGUGAGGGAGGAGCGGCUUGUCGUCCCAACACCCACCAGCACCUGUGCUCUGUGGACCCUCUUGCUGCAGCGACACCCCAGGCUGUGUGUCCUGCAGGAUCAGGUGGUGUUGGCGGUGCGACAGCAGUACGUUGCUAUUGACGACCAGUCGGUGACGGUAGCAGACGGAGACGAGGUGGCUGUGAUUCCUCCUCUGAGUGGAGGAUAAGAUGUCUUCCCCAGAGGGGUCAAGCUCAAUGAAGCUGACCCAUGACCAGCUGUCGCUGCAAGAAGUAUAUGAAAGUGUUGUCAGUCCUGCUUGCGGUGCAGUUUCGCUGUUUGUAGGUACCACUCGUGAGGAGCAGCUGGGUGGGAGCACGGUAGUUGGUUUGGAAUAUGAGGCGUACGAAGCCAUGGUCCAAUCGGAGUUUGCCAAAUUGUGUGAGGACAUCAGAAGGCGCUGGCCAAGUGUCCGGCACCUGUGUGCACACCACCGACUUGGGUGGGUGGGAGUGGGUGAGGCGAGUGUUGUGGUGGCCAUCUCAUCUCCUCAUCGUCAUGACAGCCAUAGUGCCAUUCAACACUUUCUCAGCGAGCUGAAGGCCAAAAUCCCCAUCUGGAAGAAGGAAGUGUACGACUCUGACGAGCAGCAGUGGAAGCAAAACGUGGAGUGUAGCUGGUCUGUCAACCAUCAUUGAGCGCACCUCAGGAUCUCAAAUUAAAGCACGUUUUUUUAAAGACUUAAAUGUCAUCCUGGUCAGUGUUAUAGUUACUUGCUAGCUACUGCAGCUUGUAGCAACCCCUCAUUUGUUCUGGAGGGGAGACAUGGUGCAGGUUGGGUCAUCAAAUACUGACUCAACAAAUCAUCAUUGGAUUGGAAGAAGCCAUGCAAAGAGCCAAUCGUUUCAAUCCAACUUGUUGGUGAAAGGCCUGGGCAUUGUGUUAAGCCAGUGGAUGGCACUGAUCCGCAGUGUGCUUUGGUGACAUUUCCAGCCUGUCACAGCCUAACCAAGUAAACAGAAGAGUCUGGUCUCCUGCAAUCAUUUGCUGUCUGCACCAGCUAUGUUCCCUCAUCUAUAGAAAAGAAAACUGUCUGUUGGAGAGUUGCUCUGCAGUGCUGAAAAUGUCACAGGUAUCUGAGUCUCAUGUAGUGUCUCUUCUUCUUCUCUUCCAAACGUCAUCAGUCAGUGGGCCAACAGUUCAUUUGUUUUGUGGUUAUUUUAGCAUUGUAAACCAGAAUACCCCCAAUGACAAAGCAUCGUUCAGAAACAAAUUCCUGGAUCCCAAUACCAUAUCUGUUGAUGAAUGCCUUCAAAAAUUGAUGGAUCCAGAUGGUGAUCCGAAUCACUCCCAAAAUGUAAUCAUUUGUUCCUUGUCCCGUUUCACACAUUUCCUGAAAACUUUCACUGAAAUUCCUCCAUAACUUUUCAAGUUAUUUUGACCAAGCACUCAUGGUCAUGGAAAACACAUUUUCUUUGGCGGAGGGAGCAAUCUUAUCUCUGAGCAAAGGUUCAACGUUGGUUCGAGUGUACUCUCUUGUGUGACGACAUUUUCCUCUUUUUAAGAUCUAGAAAAGGGCUGUUCGGAGAAAUUUCAGAACGAAUCUUGAUUUUUUUUUUUUUCAUGGACAAAUAAUGGCAGACUAGGGAAGGAUACAAGGGUCAAUGAUCAGUCAAAUUCUCACACACACUCAGCCGCACUCCCUCAUUCAGCAUUCCUGCAUCUGUAAAUAACUUCUUUAUUACAAACAAUGAAUAUUAUUAAUACUGUAUUAUAAAUGCACAAUUCCCAUUAAUUGUUCACCCCACAAAAGCCCAAAUAUUUUGCAACUUCACCUUAGGAGGAUGCGGAACUCCAUUCACUCUAGUGAAGUGUCGAUAAUCCACCAGCAGGCGGCAGUGUCGCUCGAGCUGAGCCUGUGUUUGUGUUGCUGGCGGAAACGACGAAUAAAGAGAGUUACAUGCCGGGUUAUUGUUUUUACGACUAAACGACUAAAAAUACCUUAGGAUGCACAUAAUUAUCUGCUGUGGAGUCUAUUUUGAUUUUUGUGCGAUAUAAAAUAAAAACAAUGCCCCGUACAUGUCAGCCAAUCACGACGCGUCUUUCAGCUAACGCGGAAGUGGUAGGACCGAUUUGGCAGGGUUUAAAACUCCUUCAUAUAUGCACAU